AUGCGUUCAGCUAUGUCUUAUAUUCCUCCACAUAAGCGACAUUUGAAGGAUCCGUUGACACCUACGCCUCUUCCAGAUUAUCUUAUUACAAAAUCCAAGAAAAAAACUGACUUCAAGAGUAUCAGCAGUGCUAUAGGCAAUGUUAUUGCAUAUUCAAGAGAUGCCAUUUCCAAAUGGUUUCUUAUUGGUUCAAAUGGAACAGAGUAUGAGGUUCCCUCAUCUCUCAGUCUCGUGCCCCUAUCCUCGGAUUUUGAAGCAUGCAUAUAUGGAGAGAAACCUUUGGUAUUGAUGAUCAACAAUGUCCAAAAAGAAAAUAUGAUAACCGAAGGCAGUGAAGAAGAAGAAGAGAGAACUCGGUGGAUGUUAGUAGUAGCAGAGAAGGUUGAAAAGGAUCUUGUCUUGGCAUAUGAGCAAGCUAAGAAGGGAAUGGAGGAUCACAAUCAUGUUUAUAAUGAUAAAUUGAGAUUGGUUGCUAGGCUUGGUAAAAUCCUCUUCCGUAGGCUUCAAGCUGGCCCUGUGGCUGAACGUUCGCUAAGAAACUCUGUUAAGGUGUUUACUACAAAUGUACCAACUUCUUACAUACAAAACAUCAAGUCUAAGGCUGUACCAAGGCAUGAGUUCUGUCUAGUCGAGGAAAAAGUUACAUACAUUCUGAAGGUAGAGCAUUAUACUCUUCCCGAUGCAACCAUUUACUGUAAAUGUACCAUGAAGGAAGAUGGACGGCUCAGAAGAUGGACGGCUUCAGCUGAGAUUAGACCUGUAAGGCAUUUGGUUGUUGAUGUGUCCUGCAUCGAUAAGAAUCUUGACAUGAGGCUUAUGCUGGCCGGAAGAAGGAAAAUAAAGACUCUGACGUAUGCCACUCUUGAACUCAAUCAGUCUUUCUACGAUGGGCAGGAGAAAGAGAUAAGUAACAUUCAAGAACUACUGGAUUCAGCGACUGUUGAUCCGAAUGUGAAAGGCAGAUUAAGGUGGCCGCUUGGUAAAACUUCAUCAGGGGAUGGAUACAGUGUAUUUGACGUUUGUCACGUUAGAGCUACUACCUACAAAAACCAGACCCUCGGGCUGAAGAUUAGGGAGGCUGAUAGAUUUAAUGUGAGGUUUGGAACAGAAGAAAUCGAGAAGGGUGUGACACUGAUACUUCAAGACAUGAACAUUAAGCUACAGGAGCAGAACAUUGAGAGUGUUUGUGUUUCAGAAAUGCUCCGAGAUGCUCUUGGAACCAUAUGGGACUUCUUGCAGUACGAUGAUGCCUUUUGA